ACCGUAUAGUUAAUGACGGCGAAGACGAGGGAAAGUGAUAAAAAAAGGCUCUUCUUCUUUGACCAACUUAGAUCAUAUGGCUUCAAAGAUUACUGCUAAAAAGAAUGAUGAUGAUGAUUCUGACUACGAAAUCAUUGAAGGCGAGUCUAAGACCGCUUUAGCAGCAGCCGGCACGAGUCCUUGGAUUGAUUCUGCAACGUUGGAGCUUCGGCAUCGAAUUGGAAGAGGUCCCUUUGGUGAUGUUUGGCUGGCUACUCAUCAUCAGUCCACAAAGGACAAUGAAGUGGCCAUCAAAAUGCUUCAUCCCAUCAAUAAGGAUCAGAUGAGAGUUGUGGUAGAUAAGUUUAAGGAUUUGGUUUCUAAGUCUCAAGGGAUGGAGAAUGUUUGUCUCCUCAGAGGAGUCUCUAUAAUUAGUGGAAGGAUUUGCCUCGUCAUGAAAUUCUAUGAGGGCUGUGUUGGUGACAAGAUGGCUCUCCUUAAAAGAGGAAAGCUUUCACUGUCUGAUGUAUUGAGAUACGGGAUUGAUCUAGUUACAGGGAUUCUUGAGUUGCACGCAAAAGGGUUUCUGAUUCUCAAUCUCAAGCCCUCUAACUUUCUUCUCAAUGAUAACGAUACGGCCAUCCUAGGGGAUGUUGGAGUCCCUUAUCUACUUCAUAGUAUCCCUUUGCCAAGUUCUGAUAUGAUAAUGAGACUUGGAACUCCAAACUAUAUGGCUCCAGAACAGUGGCAACCUGAAGUAAGAGGUCCCAUGUCCUUUGAGACUGAUUCUUGGGGGUUUGGAUGCAGCAUUGUGGAAAUGCUCACUGGUGUACAACCUUGGAGUGGUAAAUCCAUCGACGAAAUAUACAACUUAGUGGUCAUAAAAAGAGAAAAGCUCACUAUCCCCAAUGCCAUACCGCCUCCUCUUGAGAAGCUACUUCAGGGUUGCUUUAUGUAUGAUCUUCGAAGCCGACCUUCUAUGACAGACAUCUUACACGUCUUCAAGAGGUUGCAGAACUCAGAGGAGGAAGAGUUCUGGUCCUUCUGGAGAGGCGUUGAUAGUAGAGAAAUCAGGAAGAGCUCAGCUAAUCUCGGUUACACAGAAUGGUUCCUUUCAAAGGAUCAACUGCAAGUAGGCGACACGGUGCGUUCAAGAAAGCCUGCCAAUUUGUGUAAGCAUGAGAACAUGGAUGUGCCAGAAGGAAAGGUGGUUGGUUUAGAACGUGACACUACCGACUCAGAUGGGUUUGCUCUGGUUAAAGUCCAUGGUGUUCAUGAUCCGUUAAGGGUUCUCGUAUCUGUUCUUGAAAGGGUAACUAAAGACUUGGCUUCUGGAGAUUGGGUACGUCUGAAGUAUGUAGGAGUGGCAGACAAGAGGUGUUCUCCAGUUGGCAUUGUCCAUUCAAUCAACCGUGAGGGAAUUGUAGCUGUUGGGUUUAUAGGGUUGCCAACUCUCUGGAGAGGGACUUCAUCACAGCUUCAGAUGGCUAAAGGAUACAGUGUUGGUCAGUUUGUGAAGAUCAAAGCCUUUGUUGUUACCCCAAGAUUCAAAUGGAUACGUAAAGAUAGAGGAGUUUGGGAAACUGGCAGAAUCUAUCAUGUUUUACCAAACGGUUGUCUCGAGGUAAAGUUCCCUGGAGCGUUGCCUUUUGGACAGGAACAUGGAAGCUGUCUUGCUGAUCCAGAUGAAGUAGAGCUUGUGGAUUUUAGUACUUGUGGAGGAGUUGUGCAGAAAUAUCAGCAUCUAGAGGACUUUCACUGGGCUGUGAGACCUUUACUGAUUGCCGUGGGUGUAUUGACAGCAAUGACGUUAGGAGGGUUAUUGGUUGGGAAGAAAGUGGGAAGAUCAAAGGAUAUCAAACAGCGAGUUGGCUCGAGUGGACAAUGUGAUUGUCAGAUUCGGAAUGGUCAGGAUAGGGUCGGUCUUUACCGUAAGAAAUCUGGCAAAUCUAAAUCUAAAUCUAAAUCUAAAUCUAAAUGGUUUUUUUAAGUUUUGGUGUUUA